GUGACUUCCUUCUCUCCUCUCUCUCGCCGCGCGCCUCUUUUCCUCUCUUCUUCUCUUCUUCUUCUUCUUUCCCGAGUUUCUUCUCCUUCUUCAUCUGCCGUCACCAUCUCACCAAGCCACCACCACAAAACGAAUCCGUCAUCCAAAACCAAGAGACGUUGGAAGUUUAGGGUUUUAGAGAUACGGCGAUGGUCGACGGUGGUAGCAGUGAGCAGUCACACAAGGCACAUAGGUCCCGGCAGUCGGGCUCUAAGGCCGACAAGAAGCAGGAGAAGAAGAAUAAGCAGAACAAGCCCCAAAAGGAUCAGAACCCCAAGGCAUUCGCUUUCAAGUCAACAGUCAAGGCCAAGCGUCUCCAGUCUCGCGCCGUCGAGAAAGAGCAGCGAAGGCUCCAUGUCCCCACCAUUGACCGCUCUUACGGCCUCGAACCGCCUCCUUUUGUUGUUCUUGUCCAUGGGCCUCCCAAGGUUGGAAAGUCUCUGUUGAUUAAGUCCCUGGUAAAGCAUUAUACGAAACAUGAUUUACGCCAAGUUCAAGGCCCUAUUACCAUUGUAACAGGGAAGCAGAGGCGGGUUCAGUUUGUGGAGUGCCCCAAUGAUAUUAAUGGUAUGAUUGAUGCGGCGAAAUUUGCUGAUUUAGCAUUGCUUCUUAUAGAUGGAAGCUAUGGCUUUGAAAUGGAAACAUUUGAGUUCCUUAAUAUAUUGCAAGUUCAUGGCUUCCCAAAGGUCAUGGGAGUUCUCACUCACCUUGAUAAGUUCCAAGAUGCAAAGAAACUGAGGAAAACAAAGCAGCAUCUGAAACAUCGUUUCUGGACUGAAAUAUAUGACGGGGCUAAAUUAUUUUAUUUGUCAGGUCUUAUUCAUGAUAAGUAUGUCAAACGUGAAAUUCACAAUCUGGCUCGUUUCAUAUCUGUUAUGAAGUUCCAUCCUUUGUCUUGGAGAACUGCUCAUCCGUAUGUUCUUGUAGAUCGUUUUGAAGAUGUAACUCCCCCUGAAAAAAUGCGCUUGAAUAACAAGUGUGAUAGAAAUAUCACACUUUAUGGUUAUUUGCGGGGGUGUAACAUGAAAAAAGGAACAAAGAUUCAUAUUGCAGGUGUUGGUGAUUACAGUGUUGCUGGAAUGACGGGCUUAGCUGAUCCAUGCCCUCUACCCUCAGCUGCCAAAAAGAAGGGGCUGCGUGAUAAAGAAAAAUUGUUUUAUGCACCUAUGUCUGGACUUGGGGAUCUCAUGUAUGACAAAGAUGCUGUGUAUGUAAAUAUAAAUGAUCACUUUGUUCAGUUUUCAAACCAGGAUGAAAAGGGGAAAGCAUCGAACGGAGGAGAGCUCGAGGAUGUGGGUGUGAGCAUGGUUAAAAGUCUUCAAAACCCAAAAUAUUCGCUUGAUGAAAAGUUGGAGCAGAGCUUCAUUAACUUUUAUAUCCAGAAUCCGAAUUCGGAACCUCAAAACAAUAAGAAAGAUCUUGACAAAGCCAGAGAAAGUAUUCGGAUGAUAGAGCCUUUGGAGGAACAUCAGUCUGAGGAAGCAAUGAUAGCUGGUGGCUCUGGUCAAGGAUGUGAGCAUGGUGAUAUUGAUGGGUCAGAAUCAAAAUCUUAUCAGAAUGAUGCUGCUGCUCAAAAUGUUGCAAUAACAGAAAGUGACACUAGUGAAUCUGACAGAGAACAUGGUGAUGUACUAGAUCAAGAUGUUAAUCUUAAAGAUCACUUGAAGGAACUUGUUGAGCUUCACGAUGGAAGGCCGAGAAGAAAAGUUGUCUUUAAAAAUGAUCGUAAUCCUACCGUCGUGGAGGAUACAGAAGAUUCGGAAGAUGAUGACAACGGUGGGGAUAAUGAUGCAGAUAAUCAUACCUCUUCUGGUUCAGAGGAAGAUAGAGAUAUCCAUGAGACAUAUGAUGACAUGGGAAACAUAGCAAAGUGGAAAGAGUCUUUGGCAGAACGGACAUAUUCGAGACAGACUACUAACCUUAUGCAACUUGUAUAUGGGAACUCAUCAUCAAUUUCAACUAAAGCCACUGAAGAACAAGACAGUAGUACAGAUGGGGAAAGUGAUGAAGAUGACUUCUUUAAACCAAAAGAAGAUGGAAUCAAGAAAAAUAGACUAGAAGAAGGAAUUCAGAAUGUUGAGGACUCUUCCAAAUUUACAAAUCCUUCAAUCAAAAAUUGGAAUGAUAAGAAGCUUAUAGAAGGUGUGCGCGAUCGUUUUGUGACUGGUGAUUGGUCAAAGGCUGCUAAAAGAAAUCAAGAUUUAGGGGCUGCAUCUGAAGAUGAAGAUGCUGUCUUUGGUGACUUUGAGGAUUUAGAAACGGGUGAGAAGCACGAUGGGUAUCACAUUAAUGAUACAAAUGAAGUUGCAAACAGAAAAAAAGCUGGCUUAGAUGAAGAGGAGCGGAGGCUCAGAAAGCUUGCUCUCCGUGCCAAGUUUGAUGCUCAAUAUGAUGAACCUGAUACAAGUGACGAGGAACGUGAUGAUACUCACGUAAGCCAGUUUGGACGAGAUCAAGCUAAAGAAAGCAGCUAUGUUGACAAGCUGAGGGAGGAAAUUGAACUUCGGAAACAAAUGAAUUUAGCCGAACUCAAUGACCUUGAUGAGGACACCCGAUUAGAAGUAGAGGGUUUCCGGACAGGGACUUACCUUCGGUUGGAAGUUCAUGAUGUUCCUUAUGAGAUGGUUGAAUAUUUUCGUCCCUGGCAUCCUAUUUUGGUUGGAGGAAUUGGUCUUGGGGAAGAAAGCACUGGAUACAUGCAGGCCAGGUUAAAGCGGCAUAGAUGGCAUAAGAAAGUGCUAAAGUCCAGUGACCCCAUCAUUGUAUCUCUUGGUUGGAGGCGUUACCAAACAAUUCCUGUUUAUGCCAUUGAAGAUUGCAAUGGAAGGCAUCGCAUGCUUAAGUACACUCCAGAACACAUGCAUUGCCUUGCAAUGUUUUGGGGCCCGCUUGCCCCUCCCAAUACUGGCGUGGUUGCUUUCCAGAAUUUAUCGAACAAUCAGGCAACGUUUAGGAUCACCGCCACGGGAGUUGUGCUUGAGUUCAACCAUGCAUCUCGAAUAGUGAAGAAACUCAAACUAGUUGGUUACCCUUGCAAGAUAUUCAAGAAUACAGCACUUAUAAAAGAUAUGUUUACUUCGGAUCUUGAAAUAGCACGAUUUGAAGGUGCUUCUGUCCGAACAGUCAGUGGCAUCCGGGGGCAGGUGAAAAAGGCUGCAAAAGAAGAAAUUGGUAACCAACCGAAAAAGAAGGGUGGACCACCAAAGGAGGGAAUUGUUAGGUGCACCUUCGAGGACAAAAUCAAGAUGAGUGACAUUGUGUUUCUGCGCGCGUGGACUCAAGUUGAUGUUCCUUGCUUCUUCAACCCAUUGACCACAUCUCUGCAACCUCGUGAUGUGACCUGGCAAGGGAUGAAAACUGUAGCUGAGUUGAGGAGAGAACGUGAUAUUCCUAUUCCUGUUAACAUAGAUUCACUUUACAAGCAACAGCCAAAUGAAAGGAGGCGGAAAAAGUUCAACCCGCUGGUGAUUCCUAAAGUGAUCCAAAAAGGACUUCCAUUCAAAUCAAAGCCCAAAGAUACACCGAGUAGAAGGCAAGCUGUUGUGAGGGAGCCUGGCGAACAGAAAGCUCAAGUUCUGAUUCAAGAUGCCAAGUUAAUCAAUUCUGACAAGUUAAAGACGCGCAAGAUUAAGGUUGGGAAAAAAAGAAAAGAAAUUGAAGUACAGAAAGCCAAAGAUGAGCAGGUGUCAAGAAAGCGCCAGAGAGAAGAACGACGUGAGAGAUAUCGGGUGCAAGACAAAGCUCAGAAGAAAACGAGGAGACACUUGGAGUGAUGCUAGUCAGCAACAAUGUUUUGGUUGAAUAGGUGGUGUAGCAGUAAAGAAACAACUGAUGCAGAAGUAUGAAGAACACAAAUUUGGCUUUUUUAUUUCAAUUCGAUUUGAUGCGAAUAUUUUAACUUCUGCUACGAAUAUUUUUUAUUUAUCAAAUAUUGCAGACGUUUCAUACAAAUUAAUGGGCAAUGAAAUUUCCGACUUACCAGCCACUUCCGGA